AUGUGCUUAUUGACACUAGCAGUUUCAUUGCCGGCCCUACGACCUCCAUCUUGUGGGCACGACGUGAAAGAGGAAGAUUGUGAUAAACAGGCAUCCUCAUUGCAAGUUGGUGUUUUCUUCUGUGCUCUAUACAUCAUUGCUCUAGGUACAGGUGGAACCAAGCCCAACAUCUCAACCAUGGGUGCAGACCAAUUCGACGAUUUUGAGCCCAAGGAAAAGGCCCAUAAACUCUCAUUCUUCAACUGGUGGAUGUUCAGCAUCUUCCUUGGCACCCUCUUCUCUAACACCUUCUUAAUUUACAUACAAGAUAAUGUGGGCUGGACCGUAGGUUAUGCCCUUCCAGCAGUUGGGCUUGGACUGUCAAUAGCAAUGUUCAUAGUCGGCUCACGCUACUACAGACACAAGCCCAUGACGGAAAGUCCAUUGACCCGGAUGGCCAAGGUUCUUGUGGCCGCAGUUAGGAAAUGGAAUGUGGUUGUGCCCAAUGACCCGAAAGAGCUUCAUGAGCUGAGCUUGGAUGAGUACUCCACCACUGGCAAGCUCCGAAUCGACCACACACCCUCAUUAAGGCUCCUAGACAAAGCAGCUGUAGAUAGCGGCGGGCCAAGGUCAGAAUGGACGCUAUGUCCAGUGACCCAAGUUGAAGAAACCAAGCAGAUGAUAAAAAUGAUACCAAUCUUGAUAGCAACCUUCAUACCUAGCACCAUGGUAGCACAGGUUAACACCCUCUUCAUCAAGCAAGGCACCACAUUGCACCGAAGCAUCGGCCCGCACUUCGAGAUUCCUCCGGCCUGUCUCCAAGCAUUUGUGACAAUCUUCAUGCUCACCAGCAUUGUCAUCUACGAUAGGUUCUUCGUUCCGUUCAUUCGUGGAUACACCAAAAAUCCCAGAGGAAUCACACUGCUACAAAGAAUGGGAAUUGGCCUUGUGUUACAUGUCAUCAUAAUGCUUAUUGCUUGCUUUGCAGAAAGAAAAAGACUAAGUGUUGCAAAAGAACAUGGAAUUUUUGGGAAAAAACAAGUAGUUCCUCUCUCUAUUUUCAUUCUUCUCCCUCAAUUUGCUCUCAUGGGUGUGGCUGAUAACUUCUUAGAAGUUGCAAAACUCGAGUUUUUCUACGAUCAAGCGCCCGAAGGAAUGAAGAGUUUGGGCACUGCCUAUUUCACAACCAGUUUGGGAGUUGGUUUUUUUCUCAGCAGUUUUUUUCUGUCAACUGUGGCUGAUAUCACCCAGAGGAAUGGUCACAGAGGGUGGAUUUUGGAUAAUUUGAAUCUCUCUCAUUUGGACUAUUACUAUGUUUUUUUUGCUAUCUUGAGCUUUAUCAACUUCCUCUUUUUUCUGGUUGUGGCAAAGUUGUUUGUUUAUAACACAGACAUGGAGGAGUCCAAUACGGAGAUACAGGAAGCUAUGGAGGCUUUGCCUAAGAAAGUUAGCUACUAG